CUUCCAGCGCCGCUGUCGGCUGCAACCCGUGCAACGCGCUCGCGCACGUACUCAACACGCGUUUCCUGUGGCAUCACACCAUUACCGGUAUUGAUAUCGUCAUCCUAUGCUACGUUAGGGGCAGCACGACUCCACUGGUGCACUUUCUGUGUACACAACCGAUGUACCAUGCCUUACCGCGCCGGGACGCCAGACUCGUCAUAGAACGAAGCCAGGCCGAUAUAGCCAAAUAGAAAUUAUGUUUUCAUACGUAUUACAUCACCUGUAAGCCCUGCAGGCUUACACGGCAGCACACUUUGAGAAACGCUUGCGCAGCGACGCCCAGUAUCGCGGCCGAUUGGAGGUGUCGUCAACUGAGGCUAACAUGAGACGGCUACUUAGCAGCUUCAACCUCUAAACACAGAUCAACCAGUCAGCGAAAUGGCAUUUGCUGCGCGCGCUGAGUCUGUGGCGAGUAGUGGAGCUGGGCCAGGGCUUCCCGACUUGCCUAUCAAGACUGGGCUUUUGGGUGACAACGAGAACCAAGGCGAAGAUGACCUAUUGCAGGGUUCGUCGCUUGAAGGGGGCAUCUUCGGAGUACUCUUCACCCUCAGCCAGGAGAAGAACACAACACAUAUCCGCUACCAGUGGAUCCUUCUCAAGAUCCUGCUGGAUGCCUGGCAGCUGUUCACGACAAUCCUGAAUCCAGAGAUGGGCUGGGCCAUCAACACAGACGGCCUGGGCUGGAAGGCCGUGUCAGUGCUCAGCUUCGGCUGGCUGGCAGACCUGGGCUACGCCUGGUACCUGGGUGUGCUGUACACCAUGGCAGGACUGCUGGCAGCCAACCUGGCGCUGUGCGUGUGGGUGGCGUGGAGCUUCAAGGAGCAGAAGUUCGACUACGUGUGGCCCAUCAAGGUGGUCCGGACCUUUUCGUACGUGUUCCUGCAAGUGUUCGACAUCACCAGUCUAAACUUCCUGCAGCUGGGCAUCUCCUGCAACUACCUGGGACCCACAUCGCCGCGCCUGCACAUGGACCUGUUCCCGGAAUACAGCUGCUCUGAGACGCCUCAGAUCGUCCAGGUCAUUGUCAGCGGCAUCCUGCUGCUGGUGUUCAUCAGCGUUGCCAUGCUGCUUAACAUGAGCGAGGUUGAGGUGAACCCCACCAGCAAGUCGCCUCAGGCCUUGGGCCACAGCGGCGCCGAGGUCCGCGCCUUUGGCAUCAAGGCUCUGAUGACGCUGGUGGGAGUGUUCCUGGGCUAUCCCAAACUGGCCGCCGCCGCCUACCUGGCUCUGGCGGUGUGGCUGGCGUGGCAGUACCUGCGCUGGACGCCCCAUCUGGUGGAGUGGGUCAACUACCUCAAGGGCGGCGUGGCGGUGGCCAUGGUGGGCGUGGCGGGGCUGCAGGUCGGAGUGGUGGCCACAACAAACGCACAGGUGCGCCAGGCUCUCACCACCGCCAUGGCCAUCAGCCUGGGGCCGUUGUUCCUGUUGGGUGCCGCCGCCACCUGGGCCCGCACCCGCUACUUCACUCGCGCGGUGCUCAAGGCGUUCGACUGCGCCAUCGCAUCAGGCGACGAGACAGCACUGGCGUGGGCCUGGGCGUAUGUGAUUGGUGCCGCGGGUGGCGGCGUCGUGGGAGAGCGCAACACAAAUGAGCAGGCCUGGGACCCGGAGGUGCUGGAGCCGAGGGACGUGUACCAUUUCAAUGACCCCAAGGAUGUGGAGGUGGCGGCCCGCUCCGCACGCAAGUGGGCGGACUUGUACACGCUGGACAAGGCGGCGGUGCGCCGCGCGGAGGAGAUCAUCAAGGCCGGCUCGGCGCUUUUUCCCGACAGCGCCUACAUCGCGCUGCUGCACGCCAAUUUCAUGCUGGACGCGCUGGGCUUCAGCCAGACCGGCGCCAAGCAACUGGAGGUGGCGAGGAAGAUGAACCCGGGGCUCCUGUGCAGGUUCAUCCUGUUUGUACGGCAGCAGCAGGCCACCCAGAAGGCCGCGAGCAGCACCGUGGGCAAGGGCGGCAGCAUGGACCUGCUGGGCUAUGUGGAGUACCAGCGCAAGCAGCGCAUGGUGCUGCGCCACCACAAGGACGCCCUGCAGGCCAUGGCCAACUUCUGGCGCAUCCUGGGCUCCAACACCGUGUCCUUCUCCUCGCUGAGCAAGUCCCUGGAGGAGAUCGACAGCUCCGUGUCCCAGGCCGAGACCGCCUACCGCGUGGUUCUGGAGCUCUACAACAACUCGCCGCGGCUGGUGCGACUGUACGCGCGCUUCCUGGAGACCAUCAAGCAGGACCCCUGGGGCGCCGCCGAGUACAGCGCCGCCGCCGACCGCCUGGAGCAGAACAAGGACGAGGAGGGGCAGGGGCCCACGCUGCCGGAUGGAACGCCCAUGAGCCGAAUGGAUGACGUGGAGAAGGGCGUGCUGGUGGUUAACGCUUUCGGAGACAUCCAGGUCGCCAACAAGAAACUGCACUCCAUGUUCGGAUACCGCAAGGGCGAGCUGGACGGCAAGAACGUGUGCGCCAUUAUGCCGCCGCACGAGGCCAAGCGCCACCCCGCCAUCCUGAGGCGCUACAUCGACAGCGGCGACAAGGCACUGCCCUAUUUCAAGCACCCCGUGCUGGGCAUGCACCGGGAGCGCGUGUGCUUCACCGUGCGCAUUAGCGUCAGCCGCGCGUCAGGCAUGGGCGAGGACAGUGUUUUCAUAGGCCUGUUGGAGCCGGUGCCCACCGAGACCGGCUGCGGCCGUGUGUGGGUGACGGCGGAGGGAAUCAUCGUGUGCUGCGACCCCGGCUUCGUCACCUGCUUCGGCUACCGGCCCGAUGACGUGAUCGGCAGCCAGCUGGAAGCGCUCAUUCGCAGCGGCGUAAUGGCCGUGGGCGGCGUCAGCAGCACCGGCUUGGCAGCCGGCGGCGACGGCGCACGCUGCCCCGUGGUGCACGGCCGCGGGCCGCCAGGCAGUGGCGACGACACCGGCAGCGGGGAGGAGGAGCCGCCCGAGGGCAUUGCGGGAGCUUUCACGAGCCAGGGCGGCGGCGGCGGGGGGCUAGGUGGAGGCGGGGGCAGGAGGAGGAGUCUGGAUGUGUGGGCGGCCAGCAAGGCCAAUCAGGAUAACCACGAGCUGGUGCAGAGGAUGCUGGCGACUGCCUCGGGCCCGCACGCCGCCGCGGCCGCCGCCACCGGCUGCUCCCUCGCCACCGGCGCCGCGGGCCUCAUUGAGGACACUGAGCCUCGGGCAAAGAAGGCGGCGGCUGACGGCGGACGAGCCUCCCACGACUCGGCGGCGGCGGCGGCGGAGAAGGACGGCGCGGCGCGGCGCGCGUCCGUGGACUUGGCGACACAGAACCAGCGCACAUCGGCGCUGCCGCCUGUGGUCACCUAUGCGCGCGUGCGUCACAAGUACGACUUUGCAAAGGACUGCAGUGUGCAGGUCUUCAAUGACAAGACCAAGUCGACCAUCUACGAGGUGCAGAUUAAACUCAUGUCCGACGAGCCGCAGCUGCUCAUGGUGGUGGAGCGCAAAGGCGUCAUUCGCCACAUGAGCGGCGACCUGGCAAAAGUGCUGGGUGUCUCCCAGAGCGCGACCGGAGGCGGCGACGGCAAGGGUGGCAAGGGCGACAAGGGGGCCGGUGCCGGCAGCAUCGCGGGCGGCGACGGCAGCAUGCGGAAGCAGACGCAGGCAGAUGAUCAGGUGAUGCUGGAGCUGACUAGCGAGGCGCCUCAGCGCUCCCUGGAGGAGUUCCUGCCCGCGCCCUGGAGGCACAUGCACCAGAAGUGGCUCAAGCACGCCACCACCCCCAGCGGCGCAAUCCUGUCCGGCGCGUGGGGCUGCCGAUUUGCUACUGCCGAUGCUGGCAACAGCAGCAGCGCCGGCGCUACAGCCGGCGGCGGGGCUGCCGGGGCUCAGCGGGGCAUCAGCAGCAGCAGCGGCAUGGCACCGGGUGGCAGCUGCCCAGCCGGCGGUGGUGGCGGCCCUCUACAGGCGUCGGGCAGCCGCAGCUUGGCUCUGGGGCCCACCAUGAAGCUGGUGGGCACGCACGGCCGACCGGUGUUCGUGCACGUGGGGGUGGUGUCGCGGGAGGUCAGCGGCGGAGGCGACGCGCUGCACGUGGUGCGCAUGAGCAGGUCGUCUUUGGAGACGGCGAUGGCGGAGCGCCGUGUGCGCAUGCGGCUUUCGGAGAAGGGCCAGGUGCUCGCGCUGGUCGACAGCGAGGGGCGCGAGGUGAUGGUGGCGGACGAUGACGAGGACGAGCAGGACGGCGUGCGGUGCACCAACACCGGCAGCAAGCAGCCGCGCCGUCGCGGCGCCGAGGCCGCCUGGAGCACCGCAGUCACGGACCUGUUUGAAUUCCCGUCAGAGCAGCUUCUGGGCUGCCGCAUCUGGGACUUCCUCUCCCUGCCCAACACCCGCGGCGGCUCAACCGGAGCCCACAACGCCGCUAGCAGCGGAGCAAACGCCGCCGCCGGCGUCGCACCCGGUAAUGGCCACAACCAUGAAAUCUAUCACUCCAGCUCCAGCCUACUGAAGCGGGACCUGCUGACGGAGGCCUCAGAGAUAAUGAGCUCUGGCGGAGGCCGCGGCUUUGGCGGCGGCACCGGGGGAGCUGACGUCGGAGGCGCACUGUCUUUCCGCGAGUCCACAAUGGAUGGCGGCGGCGCGGCGGCGGCUGCAGCGGCGGCGAGCGGGCGUGGAGGUGGAGGCAGCGCGGCGGUGGGAGUGAGCAGUCGUUUCACGCUGCCGCUGAGCUCAGGCACGGACACUGGCGGCGAUCCGGAGGGCCGUGCGGUUUGCGGCGGUGGUGGCGGUGGCGGAGGAGGGAGCGGAGGAGCAGGUGGUGGCGGGGAGCUGAACCUGCGCUCCUUUGACACGAUGGUUACCAGUUCAAUGCAGACGCCCGGCAUCAGCUGGCGCUGUGACAUCCUGCCCCCCUCCGCCGCCAUCGAGGCGGCGGCCAUGGGCAAUCCCGCCCGCGCGGCAGCACUGCUCAUGCGCCGCACCAAGCAGGCUGUGCUACGGCUGGAUGUGGCGCUGCCGCCGCCCGGCGCGCGCGGCGUGGCCCCCGGCGAGCUGGUAAUCCACGCCGAGGUGUGGGCUGCCAAGGCCGUGACGGGUGUCCUGGAGCUGGACGGGCAGGGGCGUGUCAGCUCCGUGUCCGAGGAGGACCUGCGACCCGCGGGCUUGUUGUUCGGUCUGCCGCGGGAGGAGCUCAUCGGCGCGAGUCUCGGGCAGCUGCUGCGCCUGGGCGCGGGUCAGAGCGCGCCCGGGCUGCUGACGGACAGCGGCGUUGUGAAGAAGAGCAACCUCAAGAGCGACAACCAGCGGACUGCGCCAAAGGACAAGGGAAGCAAUAUCAAGGUCGGCCCGGUCCACAAGAUGGAGGGGUGCCACCGCGACAACAAACCCAUGGGUCUGGCGGUGCAGGUGGUCGGCAAGCCCGGCCCAGGCAACCCCCUCACCAUGGUGCUGCGCUUGCUGCCUGGCCCGCCAGUGGCGCGCAUGCCGCCUCCAGCCGCACCCAUGCCGCGUGUGUCAAUGGCGAACAGCGGCAUCGUGGCCGCGCCUGGUGGCGAGGCCGCGGGCGGUGGCUGCAUCAAGAGCCGCAUCGGGCUGCUGGAGGAGGCAACUACAAACGCGCGCGGUGGCCUGGGCGCGGGUGGCGUGGGCGGCGAGAGCGCGAGGGUGCGCGCGGCGCUGCAGAAACUGCCGCGUGGGGACGAGGACGACAAGGAUGAGGAUGACGAGGAUCAGCCCACUCGCGGCCUUGCGGCAGGCGGGGGCAAAGGUGGCAAAGGACCCAGCAAGUUCUCUGCACUCGCGCUCAAGGGAGCACUGGAUGGCGGCCCUGCGAAUGGCUCGCUCCGCGUCCGUACACCUGACAAGGACAGUGGUGGCUUGCCGGCAUCCAACUCGCUGGGUGCCAGUGUGGCAUGUGUCAUUCACGGGACCAGGGGCAGCCCACCAGCGGGAGGAGGCAGGCCUGGCGCUGCCAAGGGCCACCAUGCGGAUGCUUCCCACGCAGAGUUAGUUCCUGGUGCCGCUGGGGCUGAGGAGGAGGGCGCCGAGGGUCGCAUCAGUGGCAAUGGCAGCGGCAGUGGUGGCUCGUCAGCAACGCCACCCAAGCCUGCAUCACCGCCAACUGCUGGACACAGCCGCCUGGCUGCGGCAUCAGCAGCAGUCCGCAGCCCACGUGCGGGUGCCGCACUGGACGGUGGCAGUGCUGCUGCUGUCAACACUGCUGAGGAGGAGGGCUCGGGUGAGGAUGUGCUGCCUGGAGAGAAGCUGGAUGCAGCCAGUGUGUCAUCGGAGGAGGAGGACACACAUGAUGCUGCUGACCCAGCCAAGGCGCAGCAGCGUGGCCUGGAGGCCAUCAACAAGUGGGUGGUCACCAAUGGAGAGUUCUACCAGAACAAGACACAGAGUGUGGCAGGAACCAGCCAUGCCGGUGAGGCUGAGACCAAUGAUGAUGAUGAUGAUGAUAUUGAUGGCGCCACCAGCUAUGCCAGCACCAGCCGUUUGAACAGCCGGAACCUGGACGGUGUGGGAUCACCGCUGUGGAAGGGCUUUGUGGAGGCGGCUGCGGCUGUGGCGGCUGAAGAGGGGCGUGGCGGGACAGCGGCACCUGUUACAGCCAUUGCAGACGACCAGCGGAGUGAGGGUGGUGACAGCGCCAUGAGUGGCAUGAGCGGCAUGAGUGGUGUUUCAGACGCCAACACACCAGCUGACUUCAAACGUGGCAAGCGUUACCGCAAGCUGGUCAAGCUCAUGGACUCACCCCAGGCUCAGAGUGCUGUGAACACUUUCAAGACGUACAGCGGGUUGACAGUUCUCAUUGCCGGCGCCAUCCACGUGGUGUGCUUUGCGCUGAUCAUCACCGCAAUCCAGAAGCAGGAACAUGCCAUGACUGACAUGCACGAGGCGGGCGGGUCACAGCGCUUCUUGCAGCGGGCACUGGUGUCGGUCCGUGCGCUGGACAAUGCAUAUAAGGGACUGGGCAACAAUCUCACCUACAACUCAUCACAUGUGGAGUUCUUUGCAAAUGACAUCAUCAGCUACGCAACCCAGUACCGGGACGCCAACAGCCAAGUGCUGAUGAGUGCCCCCAACAGCAACAUUGAAAAGUUGUACUACAACAAGGAGGUGCCAGUCUGGUAUGGCACGGAUCCAGCAACUGGGCUCUGGUACCAGGCCAACAUGACACUUUGGGACCUGGUGACACGGGUGUACACAUCUGCCAAAGACAUCUAUCAGAACCACAUGCAGUGGAAUGCCACAAGCAUCACAGACGUGGCAGGGUCUGAGCCUGGCUCUUUCCUAAUGCGCAGCGGGCAAGAGUUGAUUGGUAGCACACGUGAGGUGCUGGACGCGCUUCUUGAUGACGCGGUGCAUCACACCAACCUCGUCAACCUGCUGCAGCUUCUGUUCCUCCUGAUUGAGGGCUGCCUGGUCAGUAGCUGUGUGGCGCUGGCGCUUAUGUACCUGCUCCGCAUGGCAUGCGAUCAGCGCUACAAGCUGUACGAGACCUUCCUCACCAUACCAGUGGGCCUGACACGCGCGCUGGCCUCCCAGACCACACACCUCCUGGACAAUGAUGAGUCCGAUGACGAGCUGGAUGAUGAGACCGGCAGUCACCACGAGGGCGAGGACGCCGGCAACAGCACCCUGGUUGCCGGAGAGAAGGGCGCAGCAGGCGGUGGCAAGACCGGGGGCGGCAAGCGCAAGGCUGUUUUUGAUGCGCCUGACUCCGACAAGGCAGGCAACAAGGGCGGCAAGGGCUCAGUGGACAUGCCUCUGUCACCAACACACACCAAGGUACACGUGAUUGGCGGUGGCGGCGGUGGGCGCCGCACGUCCCUUGACAUGGCCGAUGGAGGCGGCGGUGGCGGAGGCGGACGCAGCAAGGUUGCCGGGGAGGGCGGUGGCGGCCGGAGCAAGCCGGCGGCGGGAUGGAUGCCGGGUUACAUGACGGGUGCAGGCGGCGGCGUGGCGGCACCCGUGUACCCGCCAGCUGCUGCUGCUGGUAACCGUGGCACGGCUGGCUCAGGCGACGACGUGGGCGGAGUGGACCCUGGCCAGCACGUGGGUCUGCUGGCCCGUAUCUCGUCAAAGAUCUGGCGCUCCAAUGCGGUGCACCCAGCAAACAGCGGCGCCGCGGCGGCCCUUGCGGCAGCCAACGCGCCCACGCGCCGCGCACUGAAGCGCAACAGCCGAGUCAUAUACGGCAUGUGGGCCAUCGUUCUCUGCUACUCGUUCCUGAUUAUCCUGUUCUACUCGAUCAGCUACGCUCUGCUGCUCUCGGUGCAGAGCCUGGUGGCGAUGCAGGCCGUGUCGGACCACGCAGUGGAGAGGGGCUACCGUGCGGUGUUCUACACGCAGGAGCUGGUGUCUGAGACAAACGUCGCCAUGAUCCCUGAUCGCGCGGCUCAGCUUGAGAACGCCACGGCUGCGCUGAAGGACGCCUAUUACACCCUGCGCAUGGGCAAUCAGGCGUAUCAGGUGCUAGGCUCGGGCGCAGAGCAGUUCCCCAAGGUCUCGGGCGGCGGCCUCAGCAAGGAAAGCCCCGCCAUGUUCCGCCUGUUCUAUAACGAUGGGGACUGCCUGCGACUGCCCGAGCACCAGCCCUGCCCCGACUCCGCCUGGCGUUUCUUCCAGAUCACUCGCACGGGUGUGGACGGCAUGAUGACCCGACUGCUCAAAGAGCUGACGUGGCUGGCCGGUGAGGCGCGCGUGGCGGCGGCCGGCGGCUCCGCUGUGGUGGGGGCGCUGCCCGACCUGCUCGCCUCGCCGCGCUGGGACUUCAUUUACAACGUGGGAACCAUGGACCUGAACGACGGGCUGAUGCAGGUGGAGGACACCCACCUGGAAAACGUGGAGCGGGUGAUGGGCGUGCUUGUGGUGUUGCACGUGGUGCUGUUCCUGCUACUGGUGGCGGUGUUCGGAUGCUUCCUGCUGCUGCUGUUCCUGCCGCUACUCAACCGCAUGAACAAGGAGAAACGCCGCAUUGCAGAAAUGAUGAGUCAGCUUCCCAACGAGCUUGACGUCAUGCGGCUUGUGAGCCACGCGCUCGUGGGCGCCGCGGCUACAGACAAGAACAUGCCCGGUGGUGCCGGCCGCAAGGGCCACCGUCGCGCGAUUGAGGUGCCGCGCCGCGGCGCCGCGGAGGCGGCACGACUGUUGGGGGCAGUGGUGCCCGCAGCAGCAGGUGGUGCGGGCACGGCCGGCGCCAAUCCGAACAGCACUGGCGGCAACAUUCCUCAGGUCGCAGGCGAGGGAGCAGCGCCUGGAGAGGCUGCGGUCAACGGCGGCAGCAAGGCAUAUAACAGCUGGAAGGAGAUUUUGAACAGGGCCACCAGUGUCAAUGCGGCAGCCAAUGCGGCGGGGAGCACCGCCGGGCAGCUGCCUGUCAGCGCAUCUGCGCGUCACCUGAGCGGCAAGCUCGGCUAAACAUCUACGGCAUCAGGUGGCAAAAUAAAACCUGCUCACGCAGCCGCUGGCUGCGGCGCGCCGCCGGCUAGGGCGUCGACGUCCGAUUACACAGAAAACAGCUACAGCGACGGUCUGGUCUGGUCUGGUGCUGGUGGAACAGAGGGAGCGCCAGCCCGCGAGUACAUGGAGUGAAGCAUGCGCGGUGGUUGGUAACAUCGCAACAUACUUGCCUGUGUGCGCGAGGAUAAUUGGAAAAUUCAAUUUGUGCGAGUGGGUACAGUACAGCGUGGGGUGCGUAUGAGACAAGGCUGGCGGCUGGUGUGUGUUGUGAUUACAAGACGUGCAGCGUCAGCGCAUUGUUUGUUGAUCUGGGUUGGAGUCUGUUAUAAAGAGGCGUGAUCAUUUUUGCGCAUUGUAUGCUGUAUGCAUGCCAGCGUCGCACAAUGCGCAUACAUGGUUGCUGGAUUCGCUUCGUAUCCUGAGCUAAGGAUAUAAGCACUCACGGUCUGUGGCCGGCAUGGUUGCAUGUUUCUAAUUUCGGUGGACUUGCGAAGCCGCGGGAGUGUCACACAUUAGAAUUUGAAUUGGUUAGACCUAUUGAUCGCAAAUAGGCGGCGACGCAAACACUAUGUGUGCAUGCGCACUUGCAAUGCAUGCCACCACGUGCUCCGUUGAUUGAACGCAUGUCUCGAUGGAUUGCCUUACAACGAGAAGUAUUAUGGAUCGCCUGAGCCCGCGUUGCUGGGUUUCCGAUGCACGUGAAGAAAUUGUUUUGCAUGUUAGGGGCCAUGGGGACCGUGGCUGGGGUGGCAUCUGGGGUGUUUGGGUCAGUUGACUAUAUGAAUGCUUGCGAAUGCGUGAACAGCAGCGCUGCAGUGCGCAUGCUGUGCUGGACAACUGCGUGCGCUACUUAGUGCUACCGCGGUGAAAGACUUGAACAGUAUUAUCAGACAUUGCGUGUGUGUGUGCGGAGCUUUUGGCGCGCACUGACGUGUGUGUUCAUGUAGGGCGCCUACCUGCAUGCUGAGCUGUCUUCAACACGGAUCAGUAUUCAUACAUGGCUGGGUAUAGCCGAGUGAGGUAAACUUGGAUUAUUACGACGUAGCCCUUGCGAACCCGUACUAUCUUACAAGCUAUUUAGCAGCGGGCGGUGCCUGCACAAACCGACCCCGGCUAUGUCCGGGAGAUGAGGCAGACGCUGGCGGCCUCAGACGGGAGACGUGGCUGGGCGCAGCCACUUUUCCUUGGGAGGGAAAACCCACUAUCUUGUCCGCUCCCCCUCUUGGGAGGGAAAAUCACCAUCUACCGGCCUUGCACAGCGCCGCCCCAGGCCACAGGCCUGUAGCAACACCAGAUGUCAAGUUGGCUCCCGUCCCAAUCCUAAUGUCGUGGCAGCAGCAGGCUGGGUCACCUGGCAGCAGCACUCUCACUAUCUACCUCCAGCUCCCGCAACUACCCACGACACGCUCCAGUUUCAACACACGCCCCAUCCGAACGACGCACCAAUGCCUUGUCCCUUCUU